AUUGUGGCAGAAUCAUUGUCAAAGGAAUUUAUGGAACUCCAGGAAACACUUGUUGUUGAUCAGGCCUCACUCCAAAGGUUGGUCUGCUCCAAAGGUUAGAACAGAACCAAUGUCUAGCUGACGUAGUUUGAGGGUCUAUAAGCUCACGCCUCAGCCUGAGAGGGGCAGAGCCCCACGGAUCGGUAGAUGACUUGUAUCUGGGACCAUGGGGUUCUGAAGAGGACCCUCUUUUCCUGCAGGAGACCAGGUUCUCUCGACACUCUGCUCAUUUCCUCUCCCUUCCUUUUUGAUAAUAGACAAUUGUAUCAAUUACAAUUGUAAUUAUCAUCAAUUGUAAUAAAUCUAAAAACAGUGGUAGUUUGAUGGCUUGGGGUGUUUUCCAACCAUUACUGUGUUUUACAAUGUCUGGGCCUCAGGCAAACAUUCCAGAGAUCUGCUUAUUUCAUAGAAACACACCCAAACAUUUACCAGGUGAACACUUUGACUCUGGACCACAACGAUGAGACACAACAUCUGUUUCUGUCACAACAUUUACUCAGUGUUUAGAGUUUGAACGCGUAGCUGUGGUUCUUCUUCAUUAGUAUGAAACAAGUUGAGACGGGUCCACAUACCAGUUAGUCGUCCCAGUUCAUCCCCAACAGUUACAAGCCAACGAUCCAGAUAAUGAUUGUUCCACUGAAGUGAACAUUCAGGUUUGACAAAGAGGAAACUUGAAACCAGGAAGCAGCUCAGUCUAAAGCUUCUGAUCUCAGUGAGUCGGUACCAGUGUUUCCAGCAGCAGUGAUCCAGCUCAGACUCCUUCUGCUCCACUGACUGGACUCUUUCAUGUGAGGAGAACCAGGACCCAGAGUGUUUGCUGUCAGCACCACUGUUGUAAGUCUCUGAUGUUUAGUUCUGUUAUGAUAGGUCUGUUUUCUGUCAGUGUGUCGUCUGCUGAACAUAUGGAAUAAACACAUCUGUGCUGAUAAAAGCAGCUGUUGUCCUGAACAUGUUGGUCGCUGUCAUCGCCUCUCUUUUUUAGAAAUGUUUCAAGCCAUCAUGUCAGAGCAGAAGCCGUGACACAAACAUGAGAACAGGCAGAAAAUCCAAACCUAGCCGUUUCAAUCUGAAAGAUUUGCAUCAUAACAACAUGUUGUGUUCAUGGGCCUCAGGAUAAAACUCUGCUUACUUUCUAUGUGGGACAUGUUUAUACCAGAAGUCUUUACAAUAAUGUCAGUGAUUCUUUCUGUUAAAUGAGUUCAAUCAGCUGUUUGUCUCUUCAGCCAAGCAGCUUGAUGCGUUUUACUUUGCCUGAGACAAUGAAGCUCUUUGUUUUUAUUGGGUUUAAAGAAAAAGCAACAGGUGAAGCAGAAGUGAAUUCGACCUUUUUUUACAAUGAAACAUCAUUGUUUUAUUGGUUUUUAAAUGACAUGAAGAACGGACUUAAAUAUGAAAGACACUGUGGUGGAAAUUCCCCAUAAAGAGGCAGAUGAGAGAGUUGUCUUUUGUGUGAUUUAUUAUAAAAAUAAAGGAAAAUAAAAAUAAUGGGGAAGCAAAUCAAAAGCAUGGAUGUUGAUCGUGCACAUCAACAAACCAAAAACCAGCUGGGGAGAUGAGUGCACACACCACAAAGAUUUGAUGCAAAGAGCCCAUGAUCCUCAAGUUGUCUCUGCCUUUUAACCCCUUUCUCUGGCUCUGGUAGAAUGUCUCUCUGCACCAAUAGAAUUGUUUUUGCCACCUAAUCUUGGUGUAAGUGAGAAUGUUUACAUUACAACAGCCUUGGGUCUGGUGGGGAGUCAGAUAGGAUGGAGCCAAAGUCCAGGUGUAAAAGACAAACAUAUAUCAUAAAUUAUUAGUCAAAUGAAACAUCAGAUGUUUAGACUUGAUGUAUGACAGGGCACAAGAGAUUAGUUGUUUGUGUAAGAAUGUUCAGUAUUGCACCUAACCAGCAAAUGACGACUGUGUUGGAUAAGAAAAAGUACAAAGGCACAAUUUUUCCAUUACAGACACUAAAUAAAAAUAAUCCUGUGUGAAGCUUUUUAGUUUUUUUAUCAUUACAGUUGGACCCACACAUUUUAUUGUCUUUAAGGUUCCAACUCUGAGACUCCUCAUUUUUCCAUCUGUCUUCACUCUACACAUCUACAUCCUGGUUCUUCUGUCUCUUCCAGCUCAAACUGCUUGUUGACUCUAAGACUUAUAGUAUUUUCGCAUUAGUUCACACACAAAGUCUUCUCCUGACUUACAAACACCUAAAGGGUCCUUGGGCAAGACACUGGGUCCGUGUACCUUUUAACCUUUUGAUUUGUUUCUCUGUGUUACUGGCAAAACAAAUGAAGAGGAGAAUCGCUUCAAAUCCAUGUUUGUGUCUAGUUUCAAAAGCCAACAUUCAGUUGGACCAUUGGUUUUGUGUUACAAAUGGACAAACAAAUGCUCCAGAGGGAGCAUUCUAAGCCUGGUCUUAAUGUACAGAGGGUGUCUGCUUUUAGAACCUGAAGUGAAACUGGUUCCACAGGCCGGGACCGGACCACCAGGAGCUGAGACGGAUGUGAUCUGUGCCAGAUCACCAGGAACCGGUGUCAACGUGGCAGACGUCGGACCACCAGGAGCUGCCUCUGCGAGUGUGGCCGGACCACCGGCGGCCGGUGCAGAUGGAUCUCCGCAGGAACCUCCGGCACCCCCUCGGAACGGCUUCUGCGCACAAAGGAACCGAAACAAAAGGCUCUGCAGGACCACCAGGAACUGCAGCAGGAAUGACCUCCUCCUGGAGGCCGAUAGGAACUGCAGCGGAAACGGCAACAGGAACGACCCCCUCCUGGAGGCCGACAGGAACCGCAGCGGGAACCGAUGCUGGGGCGACCCCCUCCUGGAGGCCGACAGGAACCGCAGCGGGAACCGAUGCUGGGGCGACCCCCUCCUGGAGGCCGACAGGAACCGCAGCGGGAACCGAUGCUGGGGCGACCCCCUCCUGGAGGCCGACAGGAACCGCAGCGGGAACCGAUGCUGGGGCGACCCCCUCCUGGAGGCCGACAGGAACCGCAGCGGGAACCGAUGCUGGGGCGACCCCCUCCUGGAGGCCGGCAGGAACCGAUGCUGGGGCGACCUCCUCCUGGAGGCCGGCAGGAACCGAUGCUGGGGCGACCUCCUCCUGGAGGUCGGCAGGAACCGAUGCUGGGGCGACCUCCUCCUGGAGGUCGGCAGGAACCGAUGCUGGGGCGACCUCCUGGAGGUAAAUGUGAUUGAGACUGUUCACUCAGAAGACGAAGUGGAUCAUUCAGAGUCAAAGUGUCUCCACCUUCAAAGUGUCAAGAACACACGGAGGAGGACCCAAAUGCACUGUGCGAACGAGGGUUAUAGUUAACAAACAGCGUUUAUUAUCCAACGUAGUCAGGCGAUCCAGGUCAUACACGAAUAGUCACAGUUCUCAGGCAUGAAGGUCCGGGAAACAUGCAGGAGUUCGGUACACAGGUAAACACAGCAGAGGUACAGACUAGGGCUAGACAAAACUCGAUGGUCAGACAGUCAGGAGAUUUACCACAAGGUCCAAGGCGAAGGUACAGACAGGGUGUUGACAGGAAUCGGCGGUCAGGUACGGACAGGAUCGUGCAACAAGAUUAGUUAUACAGCGACGCCAGAAUGUGGUACUGAGACUCGACAAUCUGGCGAGAUACUUCGGAGACUGUGGCUGGAACUGCAGCUGGCGCAACAUCCCCCUGGAGGUCGGCAAGGACUGCGACAGGAACUGCAGCAGGGGCGACCUCCUCCUGGAAGUCGGCGGGACUCGCAGCGGGGGCGGCCCUUCUGAGGCCGACAGGAACGGGAACUAGAACGGCGUCCUCACAGGAGCCGACGGGUACUGGAACGGCGUCCUCACAGGAGCCGACGGGUACUGGAACGGCGUCCUCACAGGAGCCGACGGGUACUGGAACGGCGUCCUCACAGGAGCCGACGGGUACUGGAACGGCGUCCUUACCGGAGCCGGCAGUGCUGCUCGCGGAUUCCUCACUGGGGCCGGCAGUGCUGCUCGCGGACUCCUCACAGGAGUCCUCACUGGGGCCGGCAGUGCUGCUCGCGGACUCCUCACUGGGGCCGGCAGUGCUGCUCGCGGACUCCUCACUGGGGCCGGCAGUGCUGCUCGCGGACUCCUCACUGGGGCCGGCAGUGCUGCUCGAGGACUCCUCACUGGAUCCAACAAAGAUUGGGACGGCGUCCUCUCCGGAGCCAGCAGGGCUGCUGUGCCGGAAAAUUUCCUUAAAGAAGCAGAUGAGAGACUUGUCCUUUUGUGCGAUUUAUCGAAAUAAUAAAGAAAAUAACAAAUAAUGAGGAAAGCAAAUCAAAAGCCAGCUGGGGAGAUCGGAACAUACACCACAGAGUGUGUGAAGAUACUUUCUCACACCUGUAUCUGUGAGAAAGGAGCACCAAGUCUCAACAUACAGGGAGACACAACACCCCCCGCCUUGGGUUUUGGAGUGAGAGUCUAUCAGGCGGAGACAACCAUUGAACAAUCUAGGUGAAAUGCCAAAUGCAUACAGCAAGACAAGACAUAAAAUAUUAAAUGCAAAGCAUAAAUCAUGAAUCGUAUAAUAACUGCAUAUAAGUAAGGAAGACACAAUUUUUCCCAUGACACUCCCCCCUUUUGAUUACACAUUAAUCAAACACUAAGAAGAAAAAUUGUCAAACAUUUGAUUCGUUAAUCGUAUUGCUUAUACAAAUGUACAGUAAAUGGCGUAGGGAUAAAAGAUAGUGAGCUGUUUUUACGGGUAGUUAUACUAGAAUAACCCUGUGUAUGAGCUUCUGGAAAGAAAGGGAAAUAAGCCUAUAAGUGAUUUUAAUCAGUUCAUGUUCAGUUAGGCAAAAAUGGGCAGAGGAUUAUAUGGUAAUUCAAACUAUUGUGGAGUCAUCUUUGUAGUCCUCAUUAUCAAUGUCAACAUCAUCCUCUACAGAGGCAGCAUCAAAAUUAAUAAGUGAAUCGGUGUCCGGAUUCCUGAAUGUAGUGCAUUGUGUCAUUUGGUACGAAAGCGCCGCUGAUGUCGCACGCAUGAUGAGACCCCUAAUCAGAGGAAUAACACAACAACCAAGCAACAUGAUCACGGCCAUGACGAUGAUAAGCGAGACUAUUGCCGACAUAAAAACUGAUUACCAUUUUCCAAAAGUUUGGUCUAGCCAGCGCCAGGGGGACGGAUCAACGCCGGAGUUUCUAGCCCAUUCGUCCCUAAGACUCUCAAGGCCCUCGACAGCCUUUGUCACAGUGCCAUUAUAAUCAGUGUUAUUAGGGAUAAAAGUACAGCACGCUUCUCCAAACAUAACGCAGACACCUCCUUUCUCCGCCAGCAGCAUGUCCAGGGACAUUCUAUUUUGCCAAGUCAUCUGAGAUGUAGGAGCCAGCUGCCCAGACAUGCCUCUCAUACCGCUCGCAGUUUUAUUGAUGAAGCGCUGUUUAAUGUACUGUAAUAAAGAUAGUUGAUCCAGGCCAAAUUCUUGUUAACCUCUAUUAUGGGGCCCAUAAAGGGAAUAGCACUCGUCCACCCUGCCGCAUGCUCGUUGUCAGCCUUAAACUCUUCCAGCACUCCUCGUGGCACGCCUAUUGCAUCUAUGUAGAGGUCGGGAUCCAAGGAACCGCCUAGAGCCCUGCGCCUGGUGCGUGAGUGUUUCUGUGGAGCUGAGGGUCAAACAUGUAUUCCCCCUGUGAGGAACAUUACCUGAGUACAAGUGCCGGUGCAAUUGGUUGGUAAGGUGGCCCUGGGGUGAUCCCCACAGAGCCACCACAUGUCGGACAAGGGCUUCCUUUGCUGGACUAAGUCGGUGGAGGAUGGUGCAACAUGUGAGACAUUAUCAAUCCUAUAUGUGUAUGAGGGCGAAGGGACAGCAUCAGUGUUAGUCGGGAGCGCAAACUGGAUCACUUGGUUUUCAGGGUUAAGUCCGUGCGCGUUGGAGACGUCCCAUGUCAGGUGGCAAUUGGGAAAGUGGCCUACAUCUACUCCUCCGUCGAGGCUGGAGGUGAAACAUUCAAACUGACACGUGGUACACACUGUAAUACAAGGGAGCCGCGGGCUCCUUUUCCAUUAUCUUGAUGUCAGCCACCUCGACUUUCUUAUGUGUUACAGGACUGUAGAUCUCCAUACCCUUGCCCAGACUGUGCAAGGAACGCAUUUUGCAAGCCGGAUCACAUCUCGGAGCGCUGGGGUCAGCAGUGUAUCUACACCCGGUGUCUUUAUUGUGCAGUUGUCGCUCGUAACACUCGCUGCUGUUAAAGGGACCCACUCCCUUUAACUCCCUUUUUACCGCCAUGAGAUCAGGUCUGGCUACAGCACAUGCUAUGCAUGAAUUGUUUGUGAGGGUUUUAGAAGUGUACUUGAUGUACGCUAACCAUAAGUUUUCUGUGGGGUUCUGAUUUACAUAGUUUUGGGCAAGCUGCCAGGCUUUAGG